AUGAACGAUUCUGACGGCGCAACGUUCACCUCCUUCUCCUCCUCCGUGUCGGGAAUCUACAGCCGUCGAGCGACUAUCGAAAAGCGUGGUAAGAAGCCGGGCAAAUCCGCUCUGGUGGUCGCCGUGGACAGUUAUCUUGCGUCCCCAAGUGGUCGUACAGCUUCCGAUCUGUAUCGAGCAGCGCGGAAACUCUCAGCACACAACGAAUUUUUCGCUGCAAACCACACUGCGCUGAGUUUGCAGCUACUCGAUACGUUGGCAGAGCAUCUUCUCGCUGUUGUGGCGUCGAAUAAGGCAGUAGGCGUACAGGACGAGGCAUCCACAGAGUACUCGCAGCCGACUCAGACACAGCAGACUCCAGAGGACUCGCUGCAACUGCUAGAGCUCUGCUACUUGUUUGCAAGGAAAACGGCAAUUGGGUAUCCAUCACAUGCGCUGUGUAAGCUGUUGCAAUGGCUCGUCGAGAGCGUCUCAGUCUCAGCAUUGCGGAAUGGUUGCGAAGUGGACACAGGACUGAAGCUGCAACUUCUCGUGUUGGCUGAGAUGAUUAAGAUAAGUGCUGGUGUUAGGAUUUACGCCAAGGAGAUGAAGAAGAUCAAGGAUUUCUACCGCUCGUUGACAAUCUUACUUAACAGCACGGAGGACGCUGAGCUAUUGGUGUUUAGCAUGGCGAUCCUCGCACGUCUUGUGCUUACGGAGUCAAUGGGAAGCAAACUUUUUAGUGAAAAGAACGUGGACCAGGCGUUUGUAUUGGUCUUUUCUGUGUUGGACGGAUCCUGGCACGAUAACGCGGACGAGAGCAUGUCGGAUACGACCACGAUUCUGGAUCGACGUUCCCUGCUGCAGAUGGUGAGUGUGGACUUACUGUGUGAUCUUGCCGACAGUCAAGAAAUUUUAGAGCUGCUAGAAAAGUAUCCGAAGAUCGCACCUACGAUCGACAACUGCUUGAUGACGAUCAAUUUAAACGGGGAAGCCGAGCAGAUUCUGGUUGCUGCUCAUUUCCUCGCCUCCAUCGUCCAACUCAGCCACGUAUUCCGGAAGAUGUUGGUCAAAAGCUUAUCCGAUCAAGACGUGCUGUACCGUGUGCUGCAAGCGACACUACAUCCGUCCAAGCUGGCGGCUACCACGACUGCCCAAUUGAUUUUAAAGAUCAUCGGGGACGACGUCCGCUCUAUUCGGAGUUUGUUUGAGUCUUCAGAGAAUGCAGAACGAUUAAACCCUGUCGUCACUGGGAUGAUACGAUGCAUCACUGACACCACCACAGUCGUGCAAAGCGCCGAAGACAAUGAGGUACUAAGUAACUCUGACGAAUAUCUCCACAGCGUGGAGGUAUGUCAUCUUCUGGCCAAAAUGAGUGAACUACCAACAAUACGCUCGCUGUGCGUUGAAAGCAUCAGUCUGAACCAGAGCGCAACACUAAUUCAAGUUGAGUCUGCUCUCAUCGGCGCUGUCGAACCUCAGGAUUUGAUUCGCUUUCACCCUCAACUGUCCAUACACCUGGUGAGCGUUCUCUCGAGUCUGAUAUCCGACGAAAGCAUGGCCGAUAAGAACAAGCGCGCGUUAGUCCAAUUCCUCCAGACUUCUGAAGUAUCGGCGGUGCUUGGCGCUGCAUUGUUCAAUCGGACCGACAAAGAUAUUGUGGUGGAGGCUCUGAUGCUGCUGACCCAACAGCUUCAGAUAUCUGGGAAUAAACGAUUUCAUGAUUUGGGCUUGGCCGAGGGGAUCGUUGGUUUCAGCCAGCGACUUGGAGACGCAAGUGACAACUUGCAGUCGACUAUUGCGUCGCUCCAAGCGAAUGCUGAAGUGAGUGCCAAGACAGUAGAUAAGCUUCAGACUGAGAUGCAACAAAUGUUGCAUCUUCAAGAUGACCUCAAGGCUCAGCAAAAUCAGGCCCUCAAAGACAUUGGAGUCAAGUUUGCUGAACAAAUUCGUCAGAAAGAAGACACGACUCAGAAAAUGCGUGACGCAUAUGAAUCGAAACUUCGCGAGGUCACGAUGCAAUGCGAAAGCAUGGGACAGCACAUGAACAAGCAGAUUAGUUCUCUUCAGCAACGUGAAGCGCUUCUUCAAGAGAGUCGUGCAAAGCGUGGAAUGCUGGAAGAUGAAAAUAGUGAACUCAAACGGAAGGUCCAAGUACUGGAGAUCCGAAUCGAGGAAAUUGCCCAGACUCAUUCGGUUGCGAUGGAAGAGAUGACGCUGCGUGAAAAGGAAUUAGAGGAGCUCCGUGAGGAGAUGGCAACCAUCUCAGGAGACUACACAGCUCAGCGAGAACAGCUGGAGUUGGCUCACGACGAGACGAGAGUACGUUACAUGCGAUGCCGACUGGAAGAUGAACUAAAUGAACAGAAGCUGACAAACGAGAACACGUACAAAGAGCUAGUGCUGCUAUCAAAGGCUCAUAAAGCUCUUGCUGACGAGAAGAAGAGCAUUGAGGGCGAAGUGGACGCGAUUCGAGACGAGGUGGCAAGCCUCGAGUCGAUGAAUAUCUCAAUUCAAUCACGACUACAAGAGAAGAAAGAGCUUGCGGAGCAGCUGGAGCGAAAGAUGGCACGCCUCGAUGACGCUGCUGCUGUUAGCAAGAAUGCGCUAGAAGACGAGCGGGAGAAACGUCGAGCUGCUAGUCGUGAUCUCGAUGAUCUCAGGAAAGCCCAUCGUAAGCUCGAAAGUGAUAUGGCCAUGCUUGAGAUCCAAGCAGCCGAGCAGCGACUUGUGGCUGAGUCGAAGGACGAGCAUUUGCGCAAGUGCGAAGAAGAGAUCCGUCACCUGGCUAAUGAGGUUGGGAAGCAAGCGAAACUUCAGGCUUUGAUCCACCAGUUGAGCUCUGGAGUUGACGGCAACGUUAAAAUGAACGAUGCAUCGUCGUAUCUGGCACGUGACACGUGA